AUGUUCACCAAAACCUUUUUAUCCGAAAACCAAAUUGAAGAAUUACCAUCAACGAUAUUUGUUAACCUCACCAAGCUUAAGGCAUUAAAAAUGGAGAAAAAUAUGUUGAAAGAGCUCCAUCCUAACCAAUUUCGCGGACUGGCAAAGCUAGAAGAGCUCUAUCUAUCGGGAAACAAAAUCGGAUAUUUACCACAAGGAAUUUUCAAAGGCUUAAAUCAGCUUCUGAUUGUAGAACUCUUUGAAAACGAAUUGAGGAAAGUCUCUAUCGACAACUUCAACGAAAUCAGGCACUUAAAAAUUCUAUAUUUGCAUUAUAACUACAUGAGGGAGAUUCCCUACGGAUUUUUUAAAGAGUUGAAGGAUAUAUUACGAGUGAGUUUGGACACAAAUCUGAUGUGUUGUCAUAUGCACAAGGAGGACGCUGACUGUGCUUUCAUUGAUAACGACGACUUUGCCAACUGUGAGAGCAUGUUUAAGAAUUCUGCCCCGAGACAGAGUAUCUGGGCGAUAGGAAUCUUUUCUCUGGUUGGUGCAGUGUUUGUUAUCACGUGGCGAGUAAUCUUUAAAGAAAAGAACGUGGUACAGUCUAUCAUGUUGCUCCACUUAGCAGUGUCCGAUGGUUUGAUGGGUAUUUACCUGGUCUCUAUUGGCACUAAAGAUCUGUUGUGGAGAGGAGAGUAUUACUUGCAUGACUUCCAGUGGAGGUCUGGUUUGUCUUGUCAAAUAAUUGGAGCGAUCUCCCUCUUGUCAAGUGAGGUGUCGGUUAUGAUGAUGACUCUGAUAUCUGCUGAUCGGCUUAAAAAUAUUGUGUUUCCUUAUCAGGGUGCUUCUCUGAAACCAAAGGCAACACAUAUCCUAUGCAUCAUCAUAUGGGCAAUUGGCUUCCUUAUGGCCUUUUUGCCCAUGUUUGGUAUUCAGUAUUUUGAAGACCCUUUCAGGUACCAUAGUUAUUAUGGUAGAAGUGUGGUAUGUCUGCCCUUGCAGCUUACUUCUGAUAAGCCGGCAGGUUGGGAGUAUUCUGUCGCUAUCUUUCUCGCUUUGAAUUUUGCUUUUUUCUUGUUCAUCAUGGGUGCUUAUCUCAUGAUACUAGUCAAGUCUUACUUGUCUAGCCGGCGACUGGCCCGUCAGGGUACUGAAAGAGAGAUCCAGGCCAGAAGAGCAAACUUUAGGAGGGAAACGGCUCUUGCCAGGCGGGUGUUUUUCAUCAUCCUGAGUGAUUGUGUGUGCUGGAUGCCGGUGAUAGUGAUUGGUAUGAGGACCAUCAUCGAGAAGUCUUACAAAGCGCAAGGAGACCUCGCUGUCUGGAUUGCUGUGUUUGUCCUUCCGAUCAACUCGGCCUUGAAUCCUAUCCUGUACACCUUUUCAACAGAACAGGUCAGAGGCAUUCUGAAGAACAAAAUGGAAAAAGUUUGGAACUACUUGAAGACCGUUUUCACCUGCUGUGGUCGUGAUCAGGAAGGAGAUGGGGAGCAACCGAACCAACAGGGAAUAGAAGACAACGAACAACAAGGCGGCGAGGGAGACCAAGGAGAGGGAGAGCAAGUGAACCAGCACGUAAUGGAAGACAAUGAAGAACAUGGCGGCGAUGGAGGAGAAAUUAAGGGUGAAGAAAUUGAACUGGCAAGUGUUGGUGUGAAUCAUCCACAACAAGGCCAAGGAGAUGGAGAACAACUGAACCAACAGGGCAUGGAAGACAUUGAACAACAUGGCGGCUUGGGAGGGGAAGUCGAGGGUGUAGUUAUCGAAGUGGCAAAUGUUGAUGUGCGUCAUUCACAACAGGGAGGACUUGAUGAAGCCGAAAGAAUCGAACCGGCACCUAUUGGGUAUGAUGAUCCAAAUCAAG